GGAAAGCGAGGCGGGCGGGCGGUUGAAGAGUCCUCGCCCCGCCCCCGCCCGCUUUCCAGCGCUCGGAAGGAGGCUGAGCAGGCUGGGACCCAGCGCUGGGCGCCGCUUAACACCCACUCCCCGUCGCCGGCGUCAUGGAGGCGGCGGUGGAUGCCGAAGUCGAACCUGAGGAUGGCGACAGCAGCUGCGCGGACGUGUGCUUCAUGGACAAAGGCCUGCAGAGUAUAUCAGAGUUAUCUUUAGAUUCAUCCCUUCAUGCCAUCAAUCUGCAUUGUAAUAACAUCUCCAAGAUCACAUCCAUUGAUCACAUUUGGAACCUACGACAUUUAGAUCUGUCAUCUAAUCAAAUAAGUCAAAUUGAAGGACUGAACACACUGACAAAACUAUGCACUUUAAACUUGUCCUGCAAUUUGAUCACAAGAGUAGAAGGACUUGAAGCACUGGUUAAUCUGACUAGACUGAAUUUGUCUUAUAAUAAUAUAAAUGAUCUUAGUGGGUUGAUGCCUCUUCAUGGACUGAAGUAUAAACUUAGAUAUAUUGACCUACAUAGUAAUUGUAUAGAUAGUAUCCAUCAUUUACUUCAGUGUACAGUCGGCUUGCACUUCCUAACCAAUCUUAUUUUAGAGAAAGAUGGAGAAGGUAAUCCUAUCUGUCUUGUACCAGGGUACCGAGCUAUCAUUCUCCAGACUUUGCCACAACUGAGGAUCUUAGAUUGCAAGAACAUUUUUGGUGAGCCAGUAAACUUGGAAGAAAUAAACUCAUCACGCCUACAGUGCUUCGAAGGACUUUUGGAUAACUUAGUUUCUUCUGAUUCCCCCCUGAAUAUAAGUGAGGAUGAGGUCGUUGACAGUAUGCCAAUGGCAGCACCGCCCAUGGACGUAUUACCUCCUUUGGAGCAAUUCACCAGCACACCAGAAGAUAAUGUUUUGACCUCGCUCUUAUCUGUGUGUCCAUCUUCUGAACCAGAAAAAAUUAAUCAUGAAAACGAUUUUCAGAAUGAAAUGAAACUUCAGAAAUUAGAUGAUCAAAUCUUACAGCUUCUCAAUGAAACUUCUAAUUCUUUAAUAGAUAAUGUUCCCGAGAAAGACCUCGGACCAAAAAGAGACGCAGACAUAACAUCUGAAAGUGACUAUGGGAACAGAAAAGAGUACAGUCGAAAAAUUCCUAGAAGAACAAAAAUCCCAUAUUAUGCCAGGACUAUUCAAACUAUUAAACAUCACAAUAAAAACAACGGUGCAUUUGUAAGUUGUAAUCGCAAAAUGAGACAGCCUUACCUUAAAGAUUUAUAUGUAAGAUCGUCUUUAGUUAACUGUAAUGUUUUAAGAGACUUAGACGAGCAGAAGACUGACAUAAUUAAAGUAGACAAAAGUGUCUCGGACGACAACACUUACCGGUCCCUCUUGGAACAGUUAGACCAAGAGAGAGAGAUGAGGUGGAAAGCUGAGCAAGCUGAAAAGAAACUUAUGGAUUAUAUCGAUGAGCUGCUUAAGCAAGCAAGUGAGAAAAAAGAUGUUCACAGCCUGGCUCUCAUUACCACAGACAGGCUAAAGGAUGUUAUUUUUAAAGAGAGACAUUCCAAGGCUCAACUUGAAAUUAUAGUUCACAGACUUCAAAAUGAAGUUAAAAAGCUAACUAUUGAACUAAUGAAAGCACAAGAUCAACAGGAAGAUCACAUCAGACACUUGAGAACCCUGGAAAAGGCAUUGGAAAAAAUGGAGAAACAGAAAGCACAGCAGCAGCAGGCACAGAUGAGACUUAUCCAAGAGGUGGAGCUCAAAGCCUCGGCUGCUGAUCGAGAAAUAAACUUACUUCGAACUUCUCUUCACCAAGAAAAGGAGCAAGUGCAACAGCUUCAUGAACUUCUGGCAUUGAAAGAAGAGGAACACAGGAAAGAAAUUGAAACUAGGGCGUUUUUCAGUGAUGCAGAGUUUCAGGAUGCACUAGCUAAAGAAAUGUCCAAAGAAGAAAGAAAGCAUGAGCAAGAAGUAAAAGAAUACCAAGAAAAAAUUGAUAUAUUAAACCAGCAGUAUUUGGAUUUAGAAAAUGAAUUCCGUAUUGCUUUAACUGUUGAAGCCAGAAGAUUUAAAGAUGUUCAAGAUGGUUUUGAAGAUGUUGCAACUGAGUUAGCCAAGAGCAAACAUGCUCUUAUUUGGGCUCAACGCAAAGAAAAUGAAUCAUCAUCUUUAAUUAAAGAUCUGACCUGUAUGGUGAAGGAACAAAAGACAAAACUCUCAGAAGUCUCCAAAUUGAAACAGGAAGCAGCCGCGAAUUUACAGAAUCAAAUCAACACUCUGGAAAUUUUGAUUGAAGAUGACAAGCAGAAGAGCAUUCAAAUAGAAAUUCUUAAGCAUGAAAAAACGCAGCUUAUUUCUGAGCUAGCAGCCAAGGAGUCACUGAUCUAUGGUUUAAGGACAGAACGAAAAGUAUGGGGACAUGAACUAGCACAUCAGGGAUCGUCACUAGCUCAGAGUCGUGGGAAAUUAGAAGCCCAAAUUGAAAGUUUAUGCAGAGAGAAUGAAUCUCUGAGAAAAAGCCAUGAAAGUGACUGUGAUGCCUUAAGAAUAAAGUGCAAAAUCAUCGAGGACCAAACUGAAACCAUCAGAAAAUUAAAAGACUGUUUACAAGAAAAAGAUGACCAAAUCAAAUUAUUACAAGAAAAGAUCACUUUCGUAGAAAAAUGUACUCAAGAGCAACUUAGUGAAAAAUGUUCACAACUAGAUAAUGUGAUUGAAAAAUUAGAAAGACACAAUGAGAGAAAGGAAAAACUAAAACAACAGUUGAAAACAAAGGAAUUAGAACUUGAAGAAAUCAGAAAAGCUUACAGCACAUUAAAUCAGAAAUGGCAUGAUAAAGGAGAACUACUCUGUCAUCUUGAAACACAAGUAAAAGAAGUCAAAGAAAAAUUUGAAAACAAAGAAAAGAAACUUAAAGCAGAGAGAGACAAAAGCCUUGAGCUACAAAAGGAUGCACUAGAAAAGCUUCAAAGCAUGGAUGAUGCUUUUAAAAAACAAGUUGAUGCAAUUGUUGAAGCUCAUCAAGCUGAAAUAAUACAACUAACAAACGAGAAGCAGAAAUAUAUUGAUUGUGCGAAUUUAAAGGGUGACUGUGCGCGUGCAGACUGAGACUGGAAAGCAGGACUCCAGGUCAAGUUCUCACCUCAUCUGCCGAUGUGCUCCUGAGGGCUUGGACUUAAGUACCCACAUUUAUUCUUCUGUGUUUGAUUAUGCAGAUGACAUUUGCACAGCUCUAUAUAUUACAAUCCACAUGAAAAGACUGGAUUGUGUAUAAAUUUUACAUCUAUCAAAUGUUUUUACAACAAAUAAAAGAAUAAAAAGCAUUU